UGUGUGAACUGUGCUGAAGGAUUGAUUUGUUUACACAUUCCUUUUGCACAUCAGUUACCCACAAAAAGUGCCAUCAGCAAAGGCUGUAAAACAAAAACUAGCUUAAUGUAAUCUCAUGUAACUCAUACGCGACUCCCUUCCUGCCCGAAGUGCCACACUACAAGGAAAACGCUCGGUUAAGAGUGUUUUGUGUUUGCCCGUGGCCGAUGUUGAUGGAUUCUCCCCGUGCGAGUUGUGUGCUUUCCACUUGUUGCUGCACAGCGCGAUGAGGAAGUUUCAACGGUUUGUCGUCUCCGUGGUUGCGUUUGGCGUGCUGUAUGGCGUUUAUCGGUACUCGUUUCGUACCGAUAGUGAAGGACACUAUCUAUUUCUGCUGCCAGGCGAGAGUGGAAGGUUACCGGGCGUCGAGCAGCAGGCGGUGGCGAGCAGCGAACGAGAAAGAGCGGUAGAUCCUUUCCGGUUGGCAAACUUUACCGGAUUCGAGUAUGUCAUUGCCAACGAUAUCUGCAAGGAAAAUAAUAGUUUUUCAGAGUUAUUAGGCGUGGUACUGGUAACAUCCUACGUGGGACACACUGAGCUUCGUUCCGCACAUCGACAAGCCAUAUCGCAGCAGAAGCUCCUCUCCAUGGGGCUGUUGCGAAUAUUCUCGCUCGGCGUUAUUCCACCGACCGAACGAUUCAUCCGCCAGGUGUCCAUCGAAGCCGAACAGCGGCUGCACGGCGAUCUGAUCCAGGGUAACUUCAUCGAAGCGUACCGCAAUCUCACCUACAAGCACCUAAUGAGCUUGCAGUGGGCAACGCAGCACUGCCGCGGUGCCAAAUACCUGCUCAAGAUGGACGACGAUAUUGUGUUCGAUCCGUUCUACAUCCAGAACUAUCUGUCCGAUCUGAACCAGGGCGAUGAACAGCAGCAUACCCACCUGCUGGCGGGAUACGUGUUUCGCAAUAAGAAAGUGAUCCGUUUGCAGGCAAACAAGUGGUAUGUGUCGCGGGGCGAGUUCGCGGCCGACGUAUACCCACCGUACCUGUCCGGCUGGUUGUACAUUGCGAAUCGAAAGACGGCCCGCGCAUUGGUUGCUGAGUCGCAAACGGGUAGCGGCGGGUUCUUCUGGAUCGAUGAUACGUUCAUCACGGGUGUGCUAGCACAACGACUGCAAAUACCGCUGACCGCACUGAACCGAUGGUACAGUUCGAACUCCGAGUUUCUCGAUUGCUGCAUAAGGGACAUGAAGCGGUAUGCGUACCAGUGCGAUUACUACGUCGGACCGAACGGUGGCAACGGGAAGCUUAUAAUGGAGUUCAUUCAGGAGCUAGAACGAUGCUACGACAAUGCGUGCUAUCAGCGGCCACCGGGCAAAUCGCUUACUGCGACGUGCGUGGCCGAGUACAAGCAGCAGAUAAGCCCCGAUCACGGUACCGCCAUGAUAAGUCAGAUGAAGCUGAAGUAGGACGUAAGGAAUCGUGUGUCCACGGGGUCUGGCACGAUACGAUACACAAGGUUACCAAUCGAAAACACUAGCCAACCCCCACAGUAUGUGCCAACGAAAGCAACGAAACCUCCCUCAUGACCAUUCCAAUUCCCAUUCACCAUUUUGCCAUCGACAUUUUGUACACGCGUCCGUCCUUAACCGUGCACUCACGACUUAGUAUACACACACACGAACGUACUGCCAUUAGCUUCAUUUUUUUUUACAAACACUUACCAUUCGUGUAUUAAUAUAGCAGUAGCAACAGGGGCAAUAGUUUGUAGGAUUAGUAGCAUAAAAAAGUGAUUAUUUUACCUUCCAUACUCGAUCACAAACUCUGCGCGCCCCGAAUACAACCGAUCUGUGAUACCUCGGGAUUGCACGCACAAUGUCCGGAUGAAUCUCCCUCAGCACAGCGCACAACGAAAGUACAUUCCUCUCCGGUGCGUGUGUGUGUGUUUAUUGCGUGGUUUCAAGUAUUACUUCCGAUCCACUAAAUAAAUUGGUUGAAAUAUUUACUUCAAAAGAAGAGGUAUUUAAAUGUA